CCAACCGCAGAAGGAAUCUCUCUGCUUCGAUCGGUUGCAGCGGGACGGGAGACGCUCUCCUCUGCUGUCGUCGACUAUAUAGCUAGCCUCCCUCGCCUCGCCUCGCCUUCCUCCUCUCCUAUCCGCCCUCUCCCUCUCUUCUUCAUCUGGGGUAGUGCGCCGUGCGCCAGCGGUUCUUGGGCGAGAUGGCGGACAAGGGGAAGGGGAAAGCCGACGCCCGCUAUAAGCCAUGGCAGCGGCGGCGUCACGGUGCAGCGGGGACGGAGACUGAAGCCGUCGACGACACUGCCGGUACUUCGUCGCGGACUUCAGGGCGGACGGAGACUGCCGGCGGCGGCGGGACUCAGCAGGAGCUUCCACCCGGCGUCUCUUACCAGUUCAGUGGAGCUCCCGGUGGCGGGGGCGGGACGGGGCUCUCUCAGUCGCAAUUGAGGAUACCUACGACGACGACGACGGUACAGCAGCCGCUGAGCAAUCAAGGUGCGUUCUCUCCCCUCCCAAGAAAAUGGCAAAAUUCUUUCUCUCUGCUUGUCCCCCGUGGGAGUGCGCCCUUCGGCGGCCAGAACCAGAUCGCCAACCCACAGUUCGCUGGAGGUGGCGGCGGGGGUGGGUCAGGGGCGGGGUACGGGGGAUUCUCUCAGUUUGCCGGUGGAGAAUAA